CUUGUAGUGAUUUUGUCUGCAGGGAGGGUCGAUGUUGAUGGAUCCAGUCUUUUAUUGACUGGGCGAGUAAACAUUUGUUGGUGCAACAUGGAGAAGAGGAGGAACAGGAGGAGAACCGUGGACCCAGUUACGCCCAGACAUGGAGCGCACCGGCGGGAGAGGAGGAGGGACUCCCUCUUUACAUGUGGAGAUCCAAUAAGAGUUGCGCUCGGUGGUCUCUCUCCGAGCCGGGGGUCCUUCUGGGGCAGCUUCGGGACACCUGCGUACCCCCCGCGGAGCCCAGACGAAGCUUUCUGAAAACUUCCAACGAUGUUGGGCAGCGCUCCGUCCGCCAGCAGCGGCUCCCGAGAGCAGAGUGGGAAAGCGGCUAUGAAGAGCUCUGACUCCAUUAAAAGCCUCGGGCUUAUGGACAACGAGGACAUUGGUGUGAUGAUGCAGGGCUCCAGCAUGGUGAAAGUCCGCUCUUCGAGGUGGCAGAAGAGUCGGAGCCUGCGGCUGCUAGAGGACGGACUUACCGUGUGGUGUGAGUCCACCAAAAGGUCCAGUAAAGCCAAAUCACAGCAGACCUUUGCUAUAACAGAGGUGGAGUGUGUUCGUGAAGGCUGCCAGUCGGAGGCUUUAAGGCGGCUCUCCGGGUCGGUGCCGGACAACCAGUGCUUCACCGUGGUCUUCAGCGGGGCCAGGAAGAGCCUGGACCUGCGGUGCCACUCCGCGGACGAAGCCCAGCGCUGGGUGCGAGGGCUCAGGUUUCUGAAGCACCAGGUGGCCAGCAUGACGCAGAAAGAAAAACUGGACCAUUGGAUUCAAAGCUACCUGAGGCGUGCGGACGAGAACAGGGACGGGAAGAUGACCUAUGAUGAAGUCAAACGGCUGCUACAGAUGAUUAACAUUGACCUGAGUGAGCAGUAUUCUCGCAAUUUAUUCAAGCGGUGUGACCGAUCCGGCGAUGGACGUCUGGAUCAUUCGGAGAUUGAAGGUUUCUGCAGGGAGCUGAUGCGGCGGCCCGAGCUGGACGCCGUUUUCAGACACUAUUCCAGUAGUGGCUCUGUGCUCUCCAUCGCCGAGCUGCGAGACUUCCUCGGAGACCAAGGAGAAGACGCUUCGCUGAAACACGCUCAGAGUCUCAUACUGGCCUAUGAGCUCAAUGACUGGGCUCAGAAGAACAAGUUCAUGACACAGAACGGCUUUGCCAUGUACAUGCUGUCUCUGGAGAACGAUGUGUUUAACCCCAGCCAUGCCAGAGUCUACCAGGACAUGAGGCGCCCUUUGGCCCACUACUUCAUCUCCUCCUCACACAACACAUACCUCACCAAGGACCAGGUCACCAGCGCCAGCAGCACUGAGCCGUACAUCAGGGCCCUGAAUCAGGGCUGUCGCUGUGUGGAGCUGGACUGCUGGGAUGGAGAUAAAGGUGAGCCUGUCAUCUACCACGGACACACCCUCACCUCUAAAGUUCCUUUUAAGGAGGUGAUCGAAACCAUCUCCCAGUACGCCUUUAAGGCAUCUCCGUACCCUUUGAUCCUGUCCUUGGAGAACCACUGUUCAGUGGAGCAGCAGGCUGUCAUGGCCAAGUAUCUUUGCACCAUCCUGGGGAAGAAACUGCUCUCUACACCUCUCAGUGACCUGCUGCUUGAAGAGCUGCCUUCUCCUGAAGAGCUUAAGGGACGUAUUCUGGUGAAGGGGAAGAAGGUAACUCCUCACCUUGGUCAGCUGGGAAAAAACGGAAGCUGUGCCAGCUUCUCCUCUAGCACAGAGGAGGACCAGGCAAGCAGCAACAAGAACACACCCAGAGGAGAUCCUACAAGGGUCUCGUCUAAAGUCAGCCCUGAGCUGUCGGCGCUGGUGGUGUACUGCAGGAGCGUUCCUUUCCGAGGCUUUGAAAAUGCACGUAAAUUACCUCCAGAGGAAAUGUCUUCCUUCUCAGAGUGUGAAGCAGUCAAGCUCAUCAAAGACUCUGGGAAGCUUUUUGUACGACACAACAGCAGGCAGCUGAGCCGGAUCUACCCCUCUGGCCAGCGCCUGCAAUCAUCCAACUAUGAUCCUCAGGAAAUGUGGAACUGCGGCUGCCAGAUGGUGGCUCUGAACUUCCAGACUCCCGGGGAGCAGAUGGACCUGAACCAGGGUCGCUUCCUCCCCAAUGGUCGCUGUGGGUACGUUCUCAAACCCAGCUUCUUGUGCAGCUCCACAUCCAACUUUAACCCUGAGAACACUGGAGGAGGCCCCGGCCACACCCCCACCCAGCUGACUAUAAGGAUCAUUUCUGCACAGCAGCUCCCAAAAAUCAACACAGAGAAAGCCAGUUCCAUUGUGGAUCCACAGGUGUGGGUGGAAAUUCACGGGGUGGCCAUUGAUAGUGCAAAGAAUAAAACCCACCGCAUUGACAACAAUGGUUUCAACCCACGGUGGGACUGCACUCUGAGUUUCCAGCUGCAGGUUCCUGAACUGGCUCUGGUGCGCUUCGUAGUGGAGGACCACGAUCACACUGCCAAGAAUGACUUUGUGGGCCAGUUCACUGUUCCCUUCACAAGCCUCCGCACAGGUUAUCGACAUGUUCACCUGCUGAAGGCAGACGGGUCCAGUCUGUCUCCAGCUACACUCUUCAUCCAUGUGAAAGUGAGCCGGAGGGGAGUCCCUGUGAAAAGCGUGUCGGAGAGGAUUGCCAUGGCUAAAGGAAAAAAAGUUUGAAGUGCGUUCAGACCAGAUGAACCACAGGGGUUAGGAGGAGGCCAACGUCUUCACCAGCCGAGGCCUCAAGGGUUCCAUUUUGACUCAAAUCGAGGCAAAGCCGAGCUGGAUAUCCCUCUCGUGUAAUCAUGAAGCUCAUGAAACACACUAACAGGACAAUAUUAACACUAUUGAUAACGUAGACUGAUAAACACUUUAACAUGUUUUGAUAUUUAAACUUCAAUUUCAAGGUGUGGAACACUGAAAAACCGUUUUACGAUAAUUAUUUUUGAUUAUAAUCAGUCACUCUGAGUUUCACAUGCAGGCUGAACAUGAAAAUGGUCUUCUACACCUAUCUCCUGGAUGAGCUUCUGAUAGAAAAUAGAUGGUGAAACUCCAGGAUUAGAAAAUCCUGACAGAUCUACGUCACGCUGUCACAACAUUCACGGACUCACCCAUCUUUCACGACGGGGAAGGAUGUUGUUGGUUUAGCGUCCAGGAAACAUCAGCGAACGUCUCGGCUAGUAGAAAGCUUUGUUCCCCCUGACUAUGACGUACAAAGCAUUCAUUCCUACUAGAGACCACUGCAAAUGUGGAUAUUAAACGAGUGUUCCACACCUUUAAAGACACUAGAUCAAGAUUAAACACAUACUUGAGGUCUGGGUGCUGUGAGAAGGAAGCUAAACUGAACUAACUGUAGUCAAAAGCAUUUCAUUAUUUUAUCACUGUGAUGUAAUACAGACAUGUUAGUGUCUUUUCUGUUUUUAUUGUUCAUUAAUGAUUGAGCUAUUCAGUCAGUCUUAAUGCUACUUUAGAUGCUUGUGGCACUUUUACUUUUUUUCUUUUAAAGAGCAAGUCACCCCUAAAUCAACCUUUUUUUCUGAUAAACUAUAUAAAUGCAUGUCUAAUCGUGCUGCAGACACGUGUAGCCAAUAAUUUUGCACUUUAGUGGAUUUUAGUUGAAAUUUUAAUUUUCUGCCUAAAACUGUCAGUGUUGUGCCGUUGUCAGGUAAAAAUCUGCACUGCAUUUGAAUUUAAAUCUGCCAUCGCUAUUGGCUAAGAGGUACCCUAGAACAUUGGCUGGUACCAUAUGAUGUCACAAUGCUGUUGUGAGCCUGUGUGUAUGUGUAUUUGUUAGCGGCUCCGCCCUCUCGGUCUGCUGGGCAACAGCAUUUGUUGCAUUUUUCAAACAGGAAGUGGGAGUUAAGUAAGAAUAUGGUAGGGGGUGACUUGCUCUUUAAAGAGCAAGUCACUUCAAAUCACCAUUUUUUUUGCUGAUAAACUAUAUAAACGAGUGUCCAAUUGUGCUGUAGACAAUUGUAGUCAAUAAUUUGGCACUUUAGUGCAUCUUAGUUAAAAUUUAAAUAUUCUGCCUAAAACUGUCAGCGAUGCACCGUCGUCAGGAAAAAACUACGCACUGCAUUUGAAUUUAAAUCUGCCAUCGCUAUUGGCUAAGUGGUACACUAUGAUGUUAGAUGGUACAUUAUGAUGUCACAAUGUCGUGAGUGUGUGUAUUUGUUAGAGGCUCCACCCUCUCGGUCUGCUAGGCAACAGCAUUUGUUGCAUUUUUCAAACAUGAAGUUGGAGUUGAGUAAGAAUCUGGCAGGGGGUGACUUGCUCUUCAAAGACAAAGAAUCUAACAUAGAAUUGACUUAAUCUUUAUUUAUCUCCACAAAUGUUUAAUUUUUAGGAAUUCAGAGUAAGUUGAUGUGUGUUUCAAUUAGAUGGCAGAUUUAAAUAGUUUAACUAGUUUUUGCAAAUGCUGGCCUUUUGCUGGUUGUCUUUGUUGCCUAGCUCAGGAGCUAUGUGAUUUAGCAGCACAAAUUACUGAACACAUCACUGAUAAUAAAAUGAUUUGCUAAUGGACGCAGCUACUAAGAAUCUGCUCUAAAGGUUAUUUUCUCAAGGUGGUCUUCGGUAGAUUUCAGAUAGGAUGAGCAAAGCUAGACUCAGAGAAGAUGCAUCGAAAAAACUACAACAUAACAUCUCUUGUUGUUGUUUUUUUUCUAUUUUGUUGGGUUGUUUGUUUUCCAUAAACAACCAUGAGUGACCAAGUGUGAAUGUAUGUUAAAAAGAGAUCAAUAUCAAAUCAGA